AUGUACGCAAGUUACUCUAAUAACUUGAUUACCGCUGCUGUUACUGCUGCUGUUACUGUAACAAUGUACCCGUCACUGGUCAAUCUACACCAAACGGCACUUAUGGUUGGACCAUCGGAUAAUACAUUCCUUCGGGGUCACUAUGGUGGUGGUCAUGCUCACAAGGUCAGCAGCUCCUCCCACGGUUAUCCUUGCUGUACAGUAACUAAUCAGUAUUUCUCCGUGAUGGUACUUACUGAUUUCACUCGUAUAUACACCCAUAGGAUCUUGCUGGGAUUGUCAGCAGCAAUGAGUCGGCCCGCUAGGCUACGUGAGAUAUGUUAUGCCGACAGUCCUUCUCCGCCCUACCCGCCCACUGCGUACAGAGGCUCUGCACAUGGCAGCAGCAGGCGUCGAACCUACUACCCCGUAGUUUGCCCGUGUGAGGACGAGCUGGAAUGUCCUGCGACGCAGCCUCUUAGUCACCCCUUUUUCCCUCGGUCCAGCCAACACGAUGUCUUUCGAUCACAUCGCAAAUCUAAAGAGUACAUCAGAUGGCAUGGCAAUGCCAAGUAUGAAGAUGUCGUGUUUAUUAAAUCAGUCCUGACCAACUUGAAACAUCCAAGCAGCAGGUGUACUGGUUGGUAUCCUAUUGUUAAGCUGUUUCCUAAUAUUAGCCAGGGUAUAGAGGUUGCCUAUUCUAUACGUGACUGAUAAUUUAGUAAACCGGUGACCAGGGACUGUACCCUAGAGCCAGGCGAUGGAUAGUUACAAUUAAGACACCAAUAGCAACUUGUAUCUAAUGGGUCUUGAGUCCCAAUGGAUGUGUAGGAACACACGAGUGUGGGCUUAGUGUCUACGAAGUAUCAUCCCAGUGCCUUCAUCCGAGAUUUCAUCUAGUGUUGAAGACUUAAGAGGGCGUGUGUAUGUGUCUAUACAUGGAAAGUGAC